CUAUAGGAGAAAUGGAGCAAAGGGUUAGUUCAGAACCGCCGGCAGAAAACCAGAAGAAGAAAAAGAUGGCGGAAGAUGAAGGGAAAACAAUUGCAGAAGGAGAAAAAAUUGAAGAGAUGAAGCCAUGGGAGCAGCAUUCUGCUGUGAUAAGCAUCCCUCGUUUCGAUUACAACGCUUCUUCUUCCUUACUCCGCCAUUCGCAUUCUGGGUUUCUCAUUACAUGCCCAAUCAAGAGGGAAAAAAGUGCAACAAAAGAAGCUAUAAGUAUCCUUGAAAAGUAUAUUGUUUCAAAUCAUGAUGCUAAGCGAAGGAAAACAUGCAUGGAUGAUGCUAAUGAAGAAUGUAAAGGAUCAAGAGAAGGUGCAGCUAAUGAACAUGUGAAUUUGGAAUCUGGUACUUCUAUGGAGAAAAGUGACAUUCUCUCACUCGUUAAGUUAACGAGAAGCGGAUUAGUUCUCUUUAAAUUUCCAUUCGACAAGUCUCCAGCAGUUGUUGACAUCGUUUCGCAGAUUUUUCAAUCCCUAGAAUCUGGAAUAUUGAAGUCUCCUCUUUGGUGCAAUCGGAUAUUACCAAUUCAAGGUACAUGCUGUUUAGAUGAGAAGGAACUUAAGAAGAUUGUGACAAAGCUUGUUGAGCAGUUUAUGAACAAUAGGCAGAAGGAGACAGGAAACACUGUUAAGUUUGCAGUUGGGUAUAACAGGAGAGGGAUUGAAGAAACCGAGAUGAAGAAUCUAAGAAACACUUCCAGUGAUCCUGAUAUAUUUGCUUUGUUGGAUCGCAAGAAAUGCUUUAGCGUCGUAGCAGCAGCAGUGAAAGAAGUCGUCCCAGAUUCGAUAGUGGAUUUGAAAGAUCCAGAGAUCUGUGUGCUUGUUGAGGUACUUCCACUGUCUGGAGUACCAGAUAGGACAGCCAUAGUUGGUGUAUCAGUUCUUCCACGAGCACUUGUUACUACAAAGCCUCGACUCUGCAUCAAGGCCUUAGUCUCGGAUACAAAAGAAACGAAUAAGAAGAAAAGAUAACGGUCUCUUCAAGAACAGGACGUAUAUUUGAAAUUUUCUCUCUGUUUUUGUUAUUUUGCUAGUAG